AAUCGAUGUAUGUAUGAGUAUACUGAUGUUGAUGAGUUUGAAGCUUCUUGGAGUAAUAUGUUACAAAAGCAUGACUUACAAGAGAACUCUUGGUUGAAGCGGACUUAUGCUGUAAAGAAUAGAUGGGCAAGGUGUUUCAUGAAACAUGUUUUCACUUUGGGUAUUCGUAGUACGCAGCUAAGUGAGAGUUUGAAUAAAGACUUAAAAAAUCAUUUGAAUUGUGCUUUACAUAUCAGUGAUUUUUUUAACCAUUUUGAUCGAGUGGUGGUUGAUAAAAGAGAUAAGGAAUUGACUUCCGAAUUUAGAGCACGACAACAAGUUCCCUCGAUGAGCAUCGCCGAGUGCCCGAUAUUGCAAUAGGCAUCAAAAAGGUACACACCAUCAAUAUUUCAUCUUUUUCAAGAAGAGUACAAGCGAUCAAUGAUAUCUAUAAUUAAAGAAAAAGAGACUAUUGAGGUACCUACUUGGUUUGUGAUUGUGCUUCAUGGUGUUAUGCAUAAAUAAUUCCAAGUGUUUCGUGUUAGCGAUGAUUUUUUCACGUGUAGUUGCAUGAUGUUUGAGAGUAAGGGAUUGGUAUGUUCCCAUAUUUUGAGGGUAUUCAAGUUCUUUGAUAUAUUAAAGCUUUCGGAUAAGUACAUCUUAAGUCGGUGGGAAAGAAAAGCAAGGAGAUUUGAUCCUUCAAAAUCCAAGGAUAUUGGUCAUAGUUUCAUGGAAUGGAACGAAAGAAUGCAUUCAUUAUUUUUGAGAAUGUCAUACCAAGCUGCAAAGAGUGAGGUUGCACGUAGCCUAAUGGAGGACAUGUUUGAACAAAACAUGGACAAAAUCUACGAGACAUCGAUGAGAGAAGAAAAUUCUAAAGAUGGUGAUAUCUUGAAAAAUGUCGAAAGUGCCGUUGGAAACUUGAAAGGUCUAAAGACGAAAGAAGGGAAACGACGAACAAGAAGAAGGAAGCCCUUACAUGAGGCUCGAAUGAAGAAAACCAAGAAAUAUAAUGUGCAAAUUGAAGAGGAUCCCGUGGCGAUGCGAAAUACCAACCACCCAUAGGAGGCGUUUGCUUUCUCUACCGGAUCAUUAUCUUGUAAUUUUUUUAU